AGUAAGAAAGCGAGGAGAGAGAAUAAUGCCCCAGAGCUCAACAAUACUGAAGGAAAGCCAUUUAAAGUUAUGAAAAACGCGGAGGUGACUCAGGAACAAGGAGCCUUUUGAAUCAGAGUUUGCAAAUGUCUUUUUUGAUCCAUUCAUGUGUUGGACUCUUAAGGAUUUCAUUAGUGAGGGCAUAGAGACCGGAUAUGGGAGGGGCUAUGUAUCGGAUCUUAAAAAUUGAAAUUUUUUGACAAGAACAACAACUCAAAGAAGGAUUUAUUAUUAAGUGAUGUAUUGCCAUGAUUACGAGAGCUAACUGGUAUUGACCUGUAUAAGACUGUGGAUGCAACUUGUGCUAAAUACGAUUACACAGAUGUAUUAUUGUGUCAUGAUGAUGAGCUGGAGGGUAGAAGGAUUGCAUACAUAUACUAUCUUGUAGAUCCUUCAUGGGAGAAGAAAGAUGGUGGGGCACUUGAUUUAUUCAAUACUGAUGAGUGUGGACCGUGUGGUCAGCCUCAUCAGAUAGUCCAUUCUAUUGUUCCUUUGUGGAACUCUUGUAUUCUUUGAAGUCACUCCAGCCUCUUUCCAUCAAGUAUCUGAAGUGCUGACGGCUUCAAAGACUUGUCUAACAAUCAGUGGCUGGUUUCAUGGGCCAUCAUUGCCCCGCACAUCUCCUUAUAAUUAGAGGUGUUGGCGGAGUGGGUUAGUCCAGUGUAUCUUGAUGUUGGUACACAAUCACAGAUAAGGGAACAAUUUGAGAGUGAAUCACAAAUUGAAUUUCCUGACUUCUUAAUAGAAGAUCAUGUUUUUGUGCAAUGACUUGGUAAACAUUUGGAAGAGAAGAGGGCCACCUAAUAAAAGGCUAAUCUUGAACUAGUAACAUUUUCUUUUACUACAGGCACACUCUAGUCAAUCUCACAUUCUCUUUUUUAGAAAUAUUGAAGUAGCCCAACCAGACAAACCAUUGCCUACUGAAUGUCACUCUCUUUUUCUCUCUGAGCCUUUUUUGUCUCCUCUCUUAUCUUACUGGCCUACAGAAGCACCUUGAUGAUAAGACAUCUGUUAUGCUAUAGAGAGUGAUCAACAUACACCUUGUAUAUAAUUGUCAUGGUGACUGGUACCGCAGGUAGCAUGAAGGAUACACACUGAUGAAUGAUUAUACUGGCACUGUUGAUGGAGAGAAGGCCAGUGAAAAGUUCUUACUUGAAGCAAGGCUAUAUUUUAACCCAAAAGAUUUUUACAUUUUUGCAUGCAUUGUCAUCAAUAUAACUCAGGCCAUUAACAUUUUUAUGAUGAAGAAUGGAUAACAGAGAGGUUUGGUGGCUAUGUAACUGCUUUUGUUGUAAAGGAUGGAGAUGAAGAGGUGUGGUACUAUGUUUCAUCGAGUUGUUGGUAAUUUUUUGGAGAGUGUUUGUGGCCUCAGUUGCUUGUCAAAGCAUCCCUAAUGGUCGGAAAUCCUACAUAGGUUUAUUUUUACAAAUUAGCCUAAUAAAAUAUCUGCCAAUUACUAAUAACACCCCUUUUUGGUCAUUCUUUUUGUUAUAGCUUCUUACUCUCAACCCAACUUCUGUAAUUCUAUAGACCUAGACAGUUGGUAAUGUGAAAAUGAUGUAUGCAGAGUUUUAGAAAUUACAUUAGUGAGAUCUGUGGAAGAAAGCAAUAACCAUGCAGCUCAUGCAUGUGAUUGUACCAAUGAAAACUGUGUUGAUCUAUCGAGAGAAAAAUAAUGCUCUGGUUUAGUAUUUGUAUUUAACUAACUUUUGCGUGUAGUCGCAUGAUUAUGUUAAAAUUAAUGUGAUCAUAGAUAAUCGAGUAAAUGAAUUUCAUUUACUCUAUUAUCUAUGAUUUGAUCCAUGGCACCACCCACCACUGACAAAAUUAAGAUUAUAAAAAGCGCUGAUGCUACCAAUGCAUGAAGGGCUGGCUACGUGAGGCUAUGAAUUUAGUGAAUAGUAAGCCAUAACCUUACAAUGGCUGAACCAGUUCACAGGCCUGCUAUUCUGAGACUGAGGGGAAGGACCUUAGAUAUUAAAGAUCUUCAUGAAGUAAUUGCAUUACUUGAGAAGCAUCACUACAACAAAGCAUCAUAUCAUCGACUUGGUCUAAGUCUUCUACUUUCUCAUAACAAAUUGACUAGCAUCGAACAAGAACACAGAGGGCAAGUUGAUCGUUGUCUUACAGAGUGUUUGGCUAGCUGGUUGCGUAAAGCUGAUGGUGUGGAGAAUCCAACAAUAAAUACAUUGAUAACUGCUCUUAGAGGAAUAGGAGAGAAUGCUGUAGCUGAUGGUAUUGAUGAAGAAAAACAGAAUGAUAUUGCUAUGCCAAGAAAUGAAAUAUCAGAUAGACCUCUUACCAGUGAAAGGCAUGCAGUGCAGCAGUUGGAUACUGUCAAUCCAGGUGUGCGCAAUCUAGAGCUCAAAAUUGAUCGAGUUUCAGAGCUUCAAGAAAUUGCUAAUAAAUUACAAGGAAAAUAUGAUUUUCUCGUUCUUGGAGUUAAAAAAUCCCUUGAAGAUCAUCAAAAAAUUGAUGUAAAAGAUGCCAAAAUCUUGAUAAAAGAAUGCUUAAAGAGAAAAGCACAUGUUGUAUCUGAGUUGAUGCCCUGCAUUGAUAUUCUUGAGAAGGUUAAUGACUUUGAAAGCUUCUUUGAGUUUCUAAGCAAAUAUGAUUUCAUUGGCUACCUCAACUACAAGCUAUUGAAGAAAUUAUCUGAACUAGUUAAAGAUGAUGAUGGGAUUAUUCAACUUCUUUUUGAAUAUGAAGAAGAAUAUGCCAAAUUAUUAAAUGCAGCUUCCUUUCAAAAUUUGAUACCUUUAUUUGAGAAACAAUCUGAUUUGUCUCCUACAGCUCCUCUUGGUUUGCCUUAUGUUUCCUUUCGUCUUGAGAAGCCUUGGUUUUUUACUAGUGUUUGGUCCUGGGUUUUAACCCUUGGUACAUUUUCAUGGUCUUAUUAUGCACUUCUUAAACAACUAAGAGAGAACUGUGUUAUCAUCACUUAUGCUAUACUACCUUGUUUUCUUGAUGAUGUCAUAAGAGACUUGAAGAAUCCAUUGAAAUUGAAAAAGCUGAAGGAUAAAGGAGUUACAGUAAUUGAAUUACCACAAUUAGAGGAAGAGUCAUAUUUGAAAUCUGUUGCUAAAAAGAAACUAGUUUCAAAAGUUUCUCUUAAACAAAGGGUGGUUCCACCAGUUAAAAAAGAAGUUUCAAUUAAAAGUUCUAGUCUGGCAAGUAAAGCUAGUGCAUCACAAGAAUUGUCUCUUAAACAAGGAGUUCCACCAAUUGGGAAAGAAGUUAUAAUUGAAAGUUCAAGUCUGGACAGAAAAUUGAUAAGGUCUAUGCAAUCUCAUACUGAACCUGAGGAGGUUAUUAGUCUACUUGAAGCUGGAGCUAAUCCUAAUGCUACUGAGCAAUCAUUUGGUGGUACUACUGCUCUUAUUAUAGCAAUCAAAAAUGAUAACACUGAUAUUGUUAAAUUGUUACUGGAGAAAGGUGCUGAUCCUAAUGUUACUGAGUAUUCAUCUGGUGGUAAUCCUGCUCUUAUUUUAGCCAUUGAAGAUAAUAAUUCUAAUAUUGUUGAAUUAUUACUGGAGAAAGGAGCUGAUCCUAAUGUUACUGAAUAUGCAUCUGAUUGCGAUACUGCUCUUAUUAGAGCCAUUGAAAAGAAUAAUAUUGAUAUUAUCAAAUUUUUGCUGGAGAAAGGAGCUGAUCCUAAUAUUGGUUCUGAUACAAGGAAAAGCAGAACUCCAUUGUUUAAUGCUGUUAAGAGUGGCUGUAUUGAAGUAGUUGAUAUUCUAUUAACUAAUGGAGCUAAAACUGAUGUUGUGGAUGAAGUAAAUAACAUUCUACUUAAUUUUAAAAAAUAUGCUGGAUAAGUAUAAAUAUGCAUGUACUUGCUAUUACCUAAUAGAGUAGUGUUGAUUACUAGUUUAUCAGGAUACAAUCAACUAACUAUCAUGCAAUCAAAAAUAAAUAAAACUGACAAAACAAAAUCUAAAUCCCACUAAAUGAAAUGUAACACAAAAUACAAAAAAAUCGAUCAAGAUCUAUUGUAUGUACAUUGCUUUGCUUGCUUAGGCUCGCCCCUUCAUUGUUUUACAAUUGUCUAGUUAUUAUCUCUCAAAAUGCACAACAACACAAAAUGUAAGGUUGGUAACAGAACAAAGUAUCUAUUCAUAACAAAUGAAUUGAGAUAAUUGUAAGUAGUCAUGGAGCGUUCAGAUGUCUUCGGAGAAUGUGGGAACUCCCCAACAAAGCAGUUUUCUGUAGAUGCUCAACUCUCACUGAAAUAUCCAGUUUUCCUAACCACUCAUUAAGUCUAUAGAUGUUACAGCACCCAAUGCUCUAAUAACAAUUGGAACCACUACCACCUUCUUCAUCUUCCAUAAUUUUAUUAUCUCCUGUCUUAGCUCUUUAUACUUCUCUACUUUUUCCUCUUCUUUCUUCAUUAUUCUAUUGUCUCCAGGUAUUGCCACAUCAAUAAUCAAACACUUCUUCUCGAUCUUGUCUAUCACCACAAUAUCAGGUUUCCUAUGCUCGAUGUAAUUAUCACAUUGGAUCAUAAAAUUCCACAAAAUCUUAACUGAGUCAUUUUCCAUAAUACCUUCUGGUGCAUGCCCAUACCAUCUUUUCCUCUAGCAACUUGAUGUUUCCCACACAGCUCCCAAUGUAAGUACUUAGCCACGCCAUCAUGCCUUCUUUUAUACUCUCUUUGAGCUAGCUUUGAACACUCACUGGUAAUGUGAGAGACACUUUCACCCUUUACUCUACAAAAUCGACAUAAUGGAAUCAGCUGUCCUGUCAAUUUUAUUACCAGCGCUAGCGCAUGGUAUGUAGGGUUGAGUUGGACGAGCGCGCCCCCAAAAUGGCUGCCAUCCCAGAAGCAUUGAGCCUGUGUAAAUCUUCAGGAAUUCUUUAUAGCUUAUCUGACAGUCAAGAUUUCCUUUAUAAUUUUAUUGAAACAGGUUAAAAGCUUCUACAAGAUAGUUUUACGGCAAUGAAUUAAUGCAUGCAUGAUGCAUGCCUGCAUGCACCAAAUGUUCAGGUUUCUCCUUCUUCUCAAGUUCUUCUUCUUCCACAGUUAAGGAAGAAUUAGUCCUACAGUUUUUAUCCUAGAAAGAUAAUUUUUGCACCAUUCUAUUGCGCUUAAGGGACGCUAGUGCAGUGUGGUUUGGCAUUUAGAUUCUCCAAAAUGAUUUCUCGUCGUUAUUUUCAAGUACACAGUUGAUUCACCAAGUGGUUGGACGCCAUUUUGAUGCAGCCAACUGCGCAUGCUCAGUAAUAUUAUAAUGGCUGGAGCUGGAAGAGCCUUACUGACAGUACUUACUGACUGAUGAUUUGUGAUGAGAUUAAGAUGAUGUGCGUGCCUAAAGACACGACUAUCUACUGACACCACUCGCUUCAAUUACUAUGACUACACUGACUUCUGUGUUUAUGAUUUAUGUACUUCAUUUUACUUAAUCUCUUCUAGUAAAGCAGGUAUUGCCACAGUUGCCACAGUGAAAUAAAAUGGUGGAUAUGAAACGGGAAGAAGUGAGGAGCUUAUUUCAAGCAAAUGGUCAAUAAAAUAAGAUUGUACUCCUGUCCAGCAGCAGCAUGUGGAUACAGCUUAAUGACUGUUUCUACAGCUAUACU